CGAGAUCGUUACGUCUUCUUCAAUCAUGGAGGAUGACCGUGAACUGGAAGACAUCUUCAGCGCGCUUCCUGAAUUGGAGGACCUACGCUUCGAGUACGACACGUACUAUGACCGCGUGGAGAUGAUGGAAGGAACCUCUGUUGGGCAGAUUGAGAGCUUCGCCUGGACCCUUCGCGACAUACUGUGCCACCCUGAUCCUCUCCCUGACUCUCUGGACGGCCGAGCACCCGAUGAGCGCCAGCUAUCGUUCGAGUAUCUUCCCCGAUUGAAGAGGCUCCUGUUCUCCUUCCCCGAGCGUAUCCAUGACGAGGUCGUUAUCGCGAUCGCGACGCGACGACGUGUUGAUGUAUGGUCCUCGCCGCUGGACCUAUCGCCAACACUGCGCGAAGUGUGGCUGGAGACGCCCCUUAGGGGAGAGUGCAUCAGGAAACUGGAGGCACUGGCGAUUGAGUACGGCAUACAAAUCAACGGACUGAGCAAGUGCGCGGCGCUGUACGACGCCUUGCUACCUCACGAUUGGGCGGGCUCACCGUGGUCACGAAAAGAGCCUUGAUAAAGGAGGCAAUCCGGAAGGACAUCUGAAUAACGUUCGAGCGUCGAGCGUCGGUUGAGGAGCGAGUACACUAUCUACAUGUCCGAGAGGGGGAAGAUGCGCGCGGAGAAUAAAUGGUGGGUUAUUGACAUGGCUAAGCUUGAUAUCGAGGCAGAAGCGUAGCUGUGAGGCUCUAGGUCAGACGAACGUCCUAGUAGUAGUAUAGUGGGUCUGCCUACAGCGGCGGCCAGAUCAAUUGCGCGCUGCCUUUUUGGGAAAAA